AGUAAAUUACUGAUUACUGUCCUCUUUUAAUCUCUCUACCUUUUUCUCCCUUACAUACAUACAAACAUACAUUGCAUCCCUCAUAUCUCAUAUCCUCCUCCUCCUCUUCCCUUCUCCCCCUCUCUCACGCUCUCUCUCUCCCCCCCUCUCUCUCUCCUUUCUUUCGGUGAGGGUUUUGUUUUUAUUUAUUUUUCUCUUUCUUUUCUCGAGAAAGAGAAGCCAACACAGAAGAAAGGAGGCUUCUUCCUUCAUUUUUUGGGUGUUGUUGAGGCCUAAUAAUUUAUUCUUUUUGUUUUCUUACUGCAGAUUGUUAGAUCGAUCGGGGUUCUUUUCUUAGGUGUAGUGCAUAUUGCUGUUUGUGUUGGAAUUUUCUUCAGUCUUUUACCUAUAAUUUAUAAGGGACAUUGACAUUAGCCCUAAUGCAAGGGCAGAGAAGUAUCAUUGGCUCCUUGCCAGAAACCCUGGACUUUGACCAUGGAUCCACUUCUGGUAAUGCAAUCAUAGAUCAGCAAAUUUGCUUGAGUAACAUGCGAAAUCCAGCGGAAAACCGAUUGACGGAGUUUAUGCUAUCACCUAGUCGAAUGAACAAUCCAUAUGCGAAUUCUAUUGAUCAAGAACGGCAAAAUUUGAGUGGCUGGAGCUUAGGUGAACCCAGUUCCAGUGGGCAACAAAACCAGGCAAGUCAUGAUGAUCGGAAACUGGAACAUGGAUGGUCAUCUUCUGCGAGUAGCUCUGCUGGAGCUGGUCCAAGGUUAGAAGAAAGGAGAUAUGAACCAACAAAUAUUCUUUCACUAAACAGGGUAAAUGUGAACCCACAAUUUGAGCGGAUUUCCAACCCGGAUGCAAUUCCACAGAAUAUCAACUUGAAUGCUGGUUUUGUUGGUCAUGGGGGUGAUAAUUGUCAAGUAAUGGAUGCCUCUGCUAUUUACAAGCCUAUUGGCGCAGAAAGCGAGCGGAACUCACCUGCUAGUGGUCCAGAUAAUUUCUUGCGUCCUGGAAAUGGGGGGUACUUAGUGGAACAGAAUGAUGGAAGACCAGGUUGUUCAUUGGAUGGUCGCCGACAAUCCUGCAAAAGAAAGGCUGUUGAGGGGAAUAUUGGCCAGUCAUCUGUGGCUGGAAGUUCUAGCUUCUAUCAGCGGUCAGAGAGUAAUCCAUGGCCUGGGGUUCCCAAUCGAUAUGAUGCAGGCAGCAGUUUAAGUAUAUCUGCUCCAUCGGAACAAGUGAACCCCAGACUUGGACUUGGAGUAAGAGGACUAGCUUGUGAUGCUAUCCCAGAAUCAGCAGUUGCUGAACGUGCAGAAAGCUCCCAUAGAAAUUUCCGUUUGAGGAUCAAUUCUUCAAAUCAAGAAUCUUCUCCCCCCUCUUUAUUUUCUACAGGAAGCACCGUAAGGCGUUCCAGUUUAUCAUCCUCCCACCGCUCAUCAAGACCUCUUCCGAUUGAUCAUUCGUUGGACUUCAGGUCAUCAUCAGCCAUGGAUAGUAUAACUCCUCAAAAUCAGCCAGUUAUCCCAGCUCCAGCUUUGCCACAGAAUGUGCAAUCAUUUAGAUGGAAUGAAAGCUCAAGCUCGAGAACUGGUACUUCAUCAAGUUCCAUUAGCUUGGAUGAUAGAGAGGAACCCAAUGCAAGAAACAUAACAAGACACAUAUGGGAACAUCCUAUAUUUGCUCCUGCGACUGAGUUGAGAACUUCAGUUAGGAAUCCAGGCAAUAGAAGUUUAACCAGUGGACAGGUAAGUGGCCCUGGAAAUGUUGGUUCUACAUCUCGGACUGGUGCAAGCCCAGGUAUCCACCCUCUAUCUGCCCCAACGUGGGGUCCUCAUACAAAUCCUCCUUCAAGAAAUUCACGAAGACUAGCUGAGUAUGCUCGUCGAUCAUUGUUUUCUUCUUCUGCUGCUGCUGCUGCUGAUACUGGAGGCCAGAGCAGUACUCAUUCCCCAUUCCAUUCUGGUGCUUCCAGCUCAGAAGAUACAGUGCCUUCAUCUGGAGCUGGUAACCAGGGUCUUCAUCGACCACAUCCAAGAUCAGCAUCAUGGUUGGAGAGACAAGGUGAUGGUGUACUGGGAAUUCCUUAUCCUCUGCGAGCUUUGUCCAGUGAAGGAAGAAGCAGGCUUGUUGUCUCCGAGCAGAUUCGCAAUGUCUUGGAUCUCAUGCGUAGGGGUGAAAGCUUGCGAUUUGAGGAUGUUAUGAUUCUUGACCAAUCAGUUUUGUUUGGAGCAGCUGACAUGUAUGAUAGGCAUAGGGAUAUGCGGCUUGAUGUUGAUAACAUGUCUUAUGAGGAGUUGCUGGCUUUGGAAGAGCGCAUUGGAAAUGUCAGUACUGGAUUGAGCGAAGAAACUAUAGUAAACAACUUAAAACAGCAGAAAUACUCUGUUGCUGUUGGAGCGAAGGUGGAGGCUGAACCAUGCUGCAUUUGCCAGGAGGAAUACAAUGAUGGAGAAGAUCUUGGAACACUGGACUGCGGACAUGAUUUCCACGCGGGGUGUGUUAAGCAGUGGCUGAUGCACAAGAAUUGGUGCCCCAUCUGCAAAACAACAGGACUUGCUACAUGAGAAAGGGUAAAGAUGUCAGGCCAUUACACACGGUUGGUACACGGUUGUACGAGGAAAACGUGAGAGGCGUGGCCCUGGAAUUUAUCUCAUAUUUUGGUUACUGGAUGGUGAGCGCUGCCAUACACCCACCUAUUCUGGUUGCCCUCAUUGUCUUGGCAAGUCGGGAGUCAUUUUUUCAAAAAAAAAAAAAAAACACAAAUAAAGAAAGAAAACAUAAUGCUAGUGGAUGAUGCAACUGUCAAAAGAAGUGGGGAUGCAGAAGUGGGAUUCCAAAUUUAUUUAUCAUUGAAAGUUGGUGGAUGCCGCAACUUUCAAAAGAAGUGGGAAUUGCAAAAACUGGUUUCAUACAUUUUAUUUAUCGUUGAACGAGUAGUUUAUGAUAUCAAUUGAAUAUUCAACUGCCUUAUUUUUAUUUUAUUUUUCUGUUUCAAGUACUGACCUCUUAAAUUUGCAAUUCUGGAGUUUUUGGAGAA